GAUUUUAGGGAACUUAUGAAACCUUUAACUGAUUCAUAAUUAACUGCCAUGGGCAUCCAGGAAUCCGGGCGGACUGUGUCCCCUGUGUUAAUAAUAACAUGCACAGUGAACAUACACGCACAUAUACGGCAGAUACCUUCCCAGACAGCAUCAUUCAUGAUGCUCGUCAUAGUGCGAGGCUCGUGUACACUCGUCAGAGAUGCGUUCGUGUGACAGGAUAGGCUACUUUCCGAUUGAUGCGUCAUAGUAGUUCUCAGCCCUAUCACUUUUGGCGCGAUUCUGGAGAUUUAAUUCUGACAUCGGAGACUGAUUGAAGCGUCCAGUUAAGAACAAUGGACUGCACUUUAUUGGCAUCUAUUUGGCGUAGCUGGUAACUCAUGUUAGGUUACCUGUACGAGCAGGCAGGUGGUCUCAGAGAAUAUACGUAGACAGUCGGUUUGAGAAAAGCAAUUGACUCAAAACUACCACACACGCUUACAAAGAGGGACAGGAUGGCAAGAGAGACGCGAGUGCCCUCUCGAAAACAUAGCGCCUCCCACUGGAGACUCCAGAACAUUGCCCAGGAAUCUGUUGAAAGCUCUGACGAGGAGUUUUUUGAUGCACGGGAUGUUAUGGAGGGGAAGACGGCCUUACUCCUGGAAAUGAGCCAGUGGAACUCCAAUGACCUGGUGGAGCAGAUUGAAACACUGGGACACCUGGAGCACUCCAGAGAGAGCCUGUACAGGCUGCGGCACCCUCGAUGCGCGCCACAGAGCAGUGUGGAUGGCUUGGAAGACAUGGAGAGGAAGUGCAGGACGCAAUUACUCAUCCUGGUGAUUCAUGGAGGUCAUAUCUUGGAUUCUGGAGGUGGUGACCCUGGAGGGAAGGAGGGUGAUACUGCCACUCUGGCGUCCGUGUUGGAGCGUGUGGCUCGGGCGCACUUCCAAGCAGCAGCAGACAGCAUGUUGGUCAGACUGGUGCCCUGCCCGUCCGUGUGUGCUGAUGCCUUCUCCCUGGUUUCAAACUUGAAUCCAUACAGCUACGAUGAAACCUGUGUGUCCAGCAGUGUGGAUCAUUUGCCGCUGGCCGCUCUUCCCAUCCUUGCUAUCGCUGCCCCUCUUUACCAGAAUGCUGUAGCAGCAGUCAUUGCUCAGGCCAAUCAGGUUUACCGAAACUUUCUUCAGUCCCCAGAGGGUGUGGGCUUCACAGGACAGGUGUGCCUGGUUGCAGACUGUGUUGGUGGUGUCCUUUGUUUUGACGCCUUGUGUUUCAGCGGUGACGAGCAACACAGAAGCCCUGAGGGUGGCAGCACGAACAACAGUACAGAGAGUCUAAAGGAGAAGCCAUGUGCGGUGAACUCCCUGAGCCCCACUCUCAGAGGCAGCAAGCGCCUGAGUAAGAGCAACAUUGAUGUGUCAACCCCGUGUGAUGCCCUGUCUGGAGUCCGCCAUCCACUCAUCCGUAAGCAAAGUGACUCGUGUGAUGCAGACGUGGCCAGUGGUCAGCGUGAGGUCUUUAUCAGCAGUUUGUCUCAGGAUGAUCAGUGUGGCUCCAGGCAGGCCCUCAAUCCAGGCUGCUUUGAGUUUGAAGUGUCAGACUGCUUUCUGCUGGGAUGCCCACUGGGGCUGGUGCUAGCCAUGAGAAGAACUGUGUUACCUGCCAUUGAUGUGGCUCAGCUCCGGCCAGCUUGUUCUCAGAUUUUUAAUCUGUUCUACCCAUCGGACCCCUCUGCCUCACGUCUGGAACCUUUGCUGCACCCAGUUCUCACCCACCUGCCCCCUUUUCCUGUUUCCCGUUACCAGCGGUACCCUCUGGGUGAUGGGCGCUCGACUCUCAUUGGUAAGAGCUUUCUCUGA